AGAAAUCUUGGAGCAGAAUUCUGAGCAAAAGAACGAUGUCUCUGCUCCCAGUUACCUGAAUUUGCACAGUUCUUCAGCAAAAUCACAGCCAAGAGAACAAGCCAUUCAGACUAAAAGUGAACAGCUAAACUGUUCUGAUCAGCCAACAUCCAGUUUAAGCAUUAUGCAAACUGCUUGUACCAAAACUUUGCAGCUACAUAAUCUCACUGUCUCUUGCAAUGAUAAAAGGUUAAGCUCUACUGAAACGCAAGGAAGAGAAGUUAUGCCUGACAACAUGGAUCCUUUACAUGUCACAGCAAACCUAGAUAAAGAAAAGGAUAUUGCAUUCCUCUUAAGGGAAUUGGACGUUCUAAGGGCAAACAAUAAAAAGCUUCAGGACCGGCUGUCUGAAAAAGACAAGGAGCUGAAGACAAUAAAGCUGGACUUAGAGCUGCAGGAGAGAGUGGCAGAAGCGAAGAUUGCGGAAAAGGCUGCAGGUGCAGUAGAUGAGUGUUUAACAGAUGGCCAUAGGGCUCCUACAGCCCGCUUGGUUGCUAUAUGACGUGGCCUAAUGAACAUUAGAUGUAUUUGCUAAAGGAGGGGUGCUUUGACUUCUUUAUAUGAGGCUGUUUAAAGUUGCUUGGAAAAGAGGUGGCUUUAACAUCCUGGUACUGGUAUUAGUAAGAGCUUUACCUGUAUUCAUACUGAUUUGGGCAUUAAAUGAAUUGUUAACACCAUGUCAAUCCAAUCACAAAAAGGUUGUUUGUUUUGUUGGAAGGUCCUGAACAAACAAGGGAAAUAAUGAUUACCACGGCCACUACCUUUCAACCAGCAGUUCAAAUACCCACUUAUUGUUUUAGCUUGUUCAGAGAGAUGCUACCACCCCUCCUUCCACACACCUUUGUAU